AUGAAGCCUUCUCUCCUCCUGACAGCCUUUUUCUUCUUUUGCUAUCCAGUGCUAGCAGGUUUGAAUCCAGUGUUAUCAGUAAGGUUCACGAAAUGUUAUAGAAAAGGCAUCUGCAGAUUUGAGUGCUUAGGAAGCGAAAUGUUAGUUGCCUACUGCAUGUUCCAGCUGGAGUGCUGUGUCGCAGGAGACCCCGGGCCAUGA